AUGAGCUUCCAGGAUGCUGACAGCCAAGUCAUUAACGAGCAUGAGAUUAAUGACCUAAUGAACACUGUCAUUGAUUGGGGUGACAGUGAAGGUGCUACUGGUGAGGAUGUGCUAGGCCUCGGAGCUGUGAUAGUGAAGAUGAGGACUACACCCCGCAUAUUUCCAUUUGGAUGGGUGGAGCAUCGCAGGCACCACCAUGUCUAG